AUGGCCCACGACGACGAUGCGACGCCUGGCGACGAGGGCGAAUUCGAGGGCGACAGCUGCGAGUUGUCGUUCCUCGAGGAGGCGAGCGAGCUGCAGCGCCUCGUCGCCAUACUCGUGCCCUCCGCGCAAACUGAUCAGUCUGGAUCGGUGCAAUGCGGUGUGUCGAAUUUCGGAAUCCGAGAGGCGGAUGAGGAUGCGCAACGAAGGCGCGCAGCGGGCGACGGGGAGAUGCGCGACGACCCGCGGGCAGCAGUGCUGCUCCGCUUCGAAACCAUCUGCGCCAAGUACCGCGAGCAGCCGGAGCUUCUAGACCCGCACCUCUCCGCGCUGCUCUCCCCCGCCAUGGCCUGCCUCUCCGCGCACGCGCUCGCCGCCGCCGCCGCGCUGCCUUCCGAACUUGCGGAAGGCUCCGCGGGGUCGGGGGAACUCGAGCGGGCGAUGGGGGAGGCGGAGGCGCAGCGGAUGGUGCGGGAGGUGGCGGGGGCGGCGUGCGUGGUGCAGGUGGUGGCGUACGUGCGCGGCGCGAAGGUGGUGUGCCGCUUCUUCCCCAACGCGCCCUCCCACCUCGAACCCGCGCUCGCGCUGCUCAUGCUCAUGCUCCGCCUCUCGCCCGCUCCGCCCAAGGUAGCGCUGCAGGGAUGCGGUGGUGGGGGAGCGCGGAUGCAAUGGUGGGAUGCAGUGGUGGGAUGCGGUGGUGGUGAGAUGCGGUCUCACAGUCCAUCUUGCCUCCCCUACGUCACUGCGCCGCUCAUCCCUUCGCCCCUCUGUCCGCCCCUUCUCCCCAUCCCCUCCCCCACAUCCCGCGCCAAUCGCCCCUGGCGCGCGGGGCGCGCGGGGGAGAAGGCGGGCGAGGAGGUGGGGGUGGCGGUGGAGGCGGCGGAGCAGUGGCGCGUGCACUACGCGCUGCUCUCGUGGCUGUCGCACCUGCUGCUGCUGCCCUUCUCCCUCCCCUCCCUCGACUCCAACCUCUUCACCCCCCAACCCCCCGCCCCCCUGCAACCCUCCUCCACGCCCUCCUCCCUCCAACACUCCUCCCAACCGCCACCACCACCAGCAGCAGCAGCAGCAGCAGCAUCAACAGCGCCAGCACCCGUGGCGUCCCAAUUGCUCCACCGCCUCCUGCCACUCCCCACCGCUGCAUGGGAAGGAAGGUUCUCAGAAGGAUGGUCACUAUGCGACAUGCUGCUGCGAGUGUGCCUCUCCUUCCUGCCCAACGGCCGCCUGCCCGUCCCCCUCAUGCUCGCCCGCCUCCUCUCCCGCCCCGAAAUGCACUCCCCCCUCGCCUGGUUCAUGGCUGAGAGCCGCCGCCUCGUCGCCUCGCUCUCUGCCGCCCAGCCCUCGCCAGCCCCUCUCCCAGACGGCCCGCCUGGCAGGGGAGAGGGGGCGGCAGUGGUGGAGGGGGGGGAGGGGUCGGAGGAGGUGCUGGCCCCUGUCGUGCUCACCCUCGCCGCCAUCUUCAAGCGCAGCAUCCACCGGGUGGACGCCCCUCCUGCUGCCGCCUCCCCCGCGCCCUCGCAAUCGCCGGCAGCAGCAGGUGCUGGGCCAGGCACAGAACAGGGAGUGGCGGCAAGUGCGGGAGGAGUGGCAGGCGCGGAGGAGAGAGAGCUGGGGCGGAGAGAGAGGGAUGGGGAGGAAGGUGGGGAGGGGGAGGAAGAGGAGGAAGGGGAGGUGGAGGAGUUGGUGGAGGAGGCUGUGGGGGAGCUGCUACCCAUGCUCAAACACGAGUCAACGGAUGUGCGGUGGGCGGCAGCGCGCGGCCUGGCCCGGGUGGUGGGUGGCUUGCCAGCUGGCAUGGCGGACGAAGUGGUGGCGGCCGUCCUUGCCCUCGUGGACCCCCACGAGCUACCAUCGGACAGUGCAUGGCAGGGCGUGUGUCUGGCACUCGCGGAGCUGGCGGCCAGAGGGCUGCUGCUGCCGUCACGCCUGCACUCCGUCACGCCCCUCCUCGCCUCUGCGUUGCACUAUGAGGUGUUGCGGGGGGCGGUGGGCACGGGGGCGCAUGUGCGGGAUGCAGCGGCGUAUGUGUGCUGGGCCAUCGCCCACUCCUUCUCGCCGCCCGUCGCUGCUGCUUCCCUGCAGCAACUAUGCCCUCACCUCCUCGCUGUCGCCUGCUGUGACCGCCAGAUGAAGUGCAGGUGGGCGGCAGCAGCAGCCUUCCAGGAGGUGGUGGGUCGCUGUGGCUGCAUCUCCGAUGCGCAAGCACUCUCCACGCCCACCACCAGAGGCACUCCGCACGCCUCCACCACAGCAGGCAAUGCGGUGGAGAGCGGUGCCGGGAAGGAGGAGCAAUGGGCGCCAGCAGGGGGCAUCGCCAUAGUGAAUGCUGCUGACGUCACAUCGCUCUCCUCCACUCGCACUGCAUUCACUCAGGUGGCACUGUUCGUGGCGGGCUAUCCCGAGUACCGCCAGCAGCUGCUGCUCAAGCUAGCAACCAGCACGCACCACUGGGACAAGGCCAUUCGCGCCCUCGCCGCUGAGUCUCUCGCUGCCAUCGCCCCCCUCGACCCGCCCCGCCUGCUCACCCUCCUGCACUCGCACCUCCUCCCCCUCCUCGCCUCCCCCGACCCCCCCUCCCGCCACGGCGCUCUCCUCGCCACCGCCGCCCUCCUCCCGCCCCUCUCCGCCUCCCCGCCCUCCCCUGCCCUCACGGACACCCUGUCCUCCCUCACCGCCUCUCUCCCCACGCUGCUCGCCCCGCGCUCCUUCCGAGGGCGCCUAGCGGCGGAUCUCAAGGUGGCCUGCUGCCGCCUGCUCUCCGCCCUCGCUGCUGCACUGCCCCGCGCGCGCCUGGCCCCCUUGCCCACGUCUGCUCUCACUGCUGCUGUUGCGUGCCUGCAUGACAUGCUGGCAGGCGAUGGGGGCGAGCUGCAGUGUGCGCGGGCGCGCUUUGUCUCAUCCGUGCAGGAGGCAGCAGCAGCCGCCCUGUGGGACGUUGCUCGCUCCCAGCCCUCACCUUCCUGCACGCACCUCGUGCGCCAAAUAAUCACUCGCCACGCGGCGACUCUGGAGUCUGCCAGUUCAGCAGCGAGUGCGAGGCGAGGCGCUGUGCUGGCGCUGCAGUGCUUCCUGCCCAGCCUCGGCCCCGCGUGGCCCCCUUCCUCUCCCCUAGACUCCCCUGCUGGUGACUCGGACACAGGGGGGAUGGGAGUGGAGCAAGAGGAGGGGGAGAGGCAGGGGGGUGAGAGGUCAAGGCGAGAGCUAUCAGAGCGAGUGGUGAAGGCGCUGUGUGCUGCUGCCACCGACAAUCGCGGGCGUCGUGCCGUGACUGACGUGGCAGUGCGGGCGGCAGCAGUGGAGGCGCUGGGCCACGCUGUGAGCAUCAUCCCACUGCUGCAUGCCGGCAGAGCGGGCGCAAGGGGGCACGCAGGGACAGGUGGGGGAGACGGGGCGGAGGUGGGGCAAGUGCAGGGGGGGGCAGGGGAGAAGGAGGGGGUUGAGGGGAGCAGGCAGGAUGGGUUGGAACGCCAUGGGUGGUGGGAGGAGGGGGGGGAGAGCGUGGUGGUGGCGUUGCUGCGAGCUGCAGAGGACUACACGGAGGACCAGCGGGGUGAUGUGGGCCGCCUCGUGAGGGAAGCUUCCAUGAAGGCGCUGGUGGCUUGGGUGGAAGAAGCGUACAAGUUGAGUGAGGUGGAGGAAGGCAGUGUGGGGGAUGGAGACGUUGUGGUGGACGGGAGUCUCCCAAAUGGCGUUCCAAGCCCUGCCCUACUCGCACCACCUGAUGCACCCUCCCCACAGCAGCGGUGCAUUGCAGCGCGGGAGUGGUGCAGAGCGGUGGCAAGGCGGGUGGUGGGCGUGCUGCUGAAGCAGGCGGGGGAGAAGAUUGAUGGCACCCGCAAGGUGGCAGGACAGGGGCUGCAGCGGCUGCUGUGGGGAGAGCAGAACGGUGCAGCAAUGACAGGGACACAAGAGACAAGAGAGGAAGCAGGGACAGCAGAGGCAGUUGAGGCACGUGGUGCUGCUGGCAGCACGCUGGAGGCAUCAGGUGGAGGCGACGAGGAGAGCGAUGGAGGAGGUUCUGUGAGGCAAUGCGUGGGCGGCAGGGCAGAAGGGAGCGGUGUGUGCAGGGAUGUGGAUGGGUGGGAGCAGCUGAGGCAACACGUGCCCUCUGACCCUCACUUUCCAUGGAAGAAUCCUGCGGCUGUCUUUUCCCGCCUGGCCCCACUGCUGCUGCUGCCAGCCUACCGCCUGCCGCUGCUCUCGGGGCUGCUGCUCUCUGCAGGCGCUCUCUCUCACUCCCUCACUGCCGCCUCCCUGCGUGCCGUGCUCUCUCUCAAACCAGCACACGGGGCACAGGGGGGCACGAGGGGGGCCCGAGAGGAGGGGGGUGGCGGACAGUGGGAGGAGGUGCAGGGGCGGAUAGCAGAGGACGUGGUGGUGCUGCUGAGGCGGCACCGCAAGCAGAAUCGAGUCAUAAUCCCGUACAUCAAGGCCAUCGCUGCUCUCCUUCAGGCGGAUUUCUUCGGGUCGCUAUCAGCAGACACCCCAGCGUCAGAUGAGCCUGCCUCUUCCACCACCCCCCUCACGGCUCUACCCCAUGCGUUAGUGGAGAGUGUGGAGGCAGAGCUUCAGCGCCCACAGCCCACGGCAUCGGUGCCCAAGAUGCUGGCAGCUGUCGACCUGCUCUGCCAUCUCGCCGCCCCCCAUUGCUCCGCUCGCCGCCAUGCCCUCUCCACACUCCUCUGGCUGCUCGCCGUGCGCUUCCCCACUGUUCGGAGGCAUUGUGCAGAGCAACUGUACUUGGUGCUGCUACUGGGAACACAAGGCGGGGAUGGAUUGGAGGAUGCUGACAGAGAGGCAGCGUUGGAACAAGCUUCAGAGAUUCUUAGUGCUGAUUGGGGUGCAAUGGAUGAUGCUUUGGUGUCUGGUCAAACAAAUGAAUUACGGGCUUUACACGCCGUCGCUAUGGCGGACGAGGCAGAGCGCGCCAAGCCGAAGCCGUUCAAGGCGGAGUACGCCAAGUCGGCGCGCGCGAGCUGCAGGAAGUGCAAAGACACCAUCGCCAAGGACGCCUUCCGCAUCGCCAAGGUCGUCGAGUCGAAGCAGUUCGACGGCUUCAUGACGCUGUGGUUCCACGCGAGCUGCAUCUUCAAGGCGCCGGGAUUCAUCACCAAUGUGGGCGACGUGGAGGGGGCGGACGUGCUGCGCUGGGAGGACCAGCAGGCGCUCCGGGCGUACGCCAAGGGGGAGGGGGGCGCGCAGGGCGCGGGGGACGAGGGGGGCGCGGGGAAAGGGGGAAAGGCAGGCAAAGGGGGAAAGGGGAAGGAUGCUGCGGGGGCGAAGGGUGAUGGGGGGAAGGGCGAGGGGAAGAGCAAGGGGAAACGGGGGAAGGCAGUGGCGGAUGAUUCGGGCUCGGAGGGGGAAGACGCAGCGGCGGGGACGGUGGCUGGAUUCCAGGUGGCGUAUGCUGCAAGCAACCGGUCGGCGUGCCGGCACUGCAAUGAGAAGAUCGCCAAGGGCGAGCCCCCCAAGAAGCGGCAGCGGGGGGAGGAGAAGGAUGGGGGAGGCGAGGAAGGCAGCAAGCGCAAGGGGAAGGGGAGAGAGGAUGUGAAGCCGCAGGACGCAGGGAAGAGCGAGGAGGGGACGAUGAGCGCGGAGCUGGAGAGGGCGUUGGAGCAGCAGGCAAGGCGGCUGUGGGAGGUGAAGGACCAGCUGCGCGCACACCUGAGUGUGGCCGACAUGCGCGCCAUGCUGGAGGCCAAUCAGCAGGAGCCAGGUGGCAGCGAGGACGCCCUGAGAGAGCGGUGUGCGGACGGCAUGCUGUUCGGCCCCCUGCCGCCCUGCCAGCUGUGCGCGUCCCCCAUGGAGUACUGGGACGGGCGGUACCGCUGCCGCGGGUUCCUCUCUGCUUGGUCUGCAUGCUCCUUCACCACUCGCGACGUGCAGCGCAAGCAAGCUGCCUGGGUGGUCCCUGACGAGAUUACCAACCCGUUUGUUGAUCUUAAUUCGCUCGUGACUCACAUGUUCAUUGUGACUCACAUGCUCAUUGUGACUCACAUGGUCAUUGUGACUCACAUGGUCAUUGUGACUCACAUGGUCAUUGUGACUCACAUGGUCAUUGUGACUCACAUGCUCAUUGUGACUCACAUGUUCAUUGUGACUCACAUGCUCAUUGUGACUCACAUGCUCAUUGUGACUCACAUGCUCAUUGUGACUCACAUGCUCAUUGUGACUCACAUGCUCAUUGUGACUCACAUGCUCAUUGUGACUCACAUGCUCAUUGUGACUCACAUGCUCAUUGUGACUCACAUGCUCAUUGUGACUCACAUGCUCAUUGUGACUCACAUGCUCAUUGUGACUCACAUGCUCAUUGUGACUCACAUGGUCAUUCGGGUGCUGCCGCCAGAGGAGAAGCGCAGUGAGGUGAAGCAGGCGAGCACGGCAGGGGCGGGGGGGAAGGAAGCGAGCAGUGGGAAGGGCGGCAGAGCAGCAAGGGGGGCGCGGGACCCAUGGGAGAAAGCGAUACCGGAUGGGGGCGUGGAGAAGGACAAGCCGUUGGAGGGGGUGCACGUGGCGCUGCUGGGCCGCCUGUCCCGCACCCAGGCGGUGUGGCGCAAGGAGAUCGAGGCGGGCGGCGGUGCGGUGGUGCCGUUGACGAGCGCGGAGGUGGACUGCAUUGUGUCUACCAGCGCAGACGUGGACAAGAAUGAGGACAAGCUCCUGCCGCCCCUGGCGGGCGAGGGGGAGGAGCAGGUGCGGGCGACGGUGCGUGUGAAGGGGCGGGCGGCGGUGCAUGAGGCGUCGGGGCUGGCGGAGAGGGGGCACGUGCUGGAGUGUGAGGGGUGCGUGUGGAGCACCACUCUCUCCCUCGCUGACCUCUCCACCGGCGCCAACAGCUACUACAUCCUGCAGGUGAUCGAGGACGACAAGUCGCCCCGGUGCCACGUGUUCAGAAAGUGGGGGCGCGUGGGCAACGAGGCCAUCGGGGGCAGCAAGCUGGAGCAGGAGAGUCGUGAGCGCGCCAUAGGGCUGUUCCAGCGGCUCUUCAAGGAGAAGACAGGCAACGACUGGGAUGCGUGGCAGAAGAAAGAAGGCUUUGAGAAGCAGCCGGGGAAGUUCUACCCUCUUGAGAUUGACUAUGGUGGAGGGGACGAGGAGGAGGAGCAGGGCGGGGCAGUGAUGGGAACAAGGAGCAAGCUGGACAAGCGACUGGUGGCGCUGCUCAUGAUGAUCUUCGACCUCAAAUCCAUCAGGGAGGCGAUGGUGGAGUUUGAGAUCAACGUGCGGGAGAUGCCUCUAGGCAAGCUGACCAAGCGCCACAUAGAGCGCGGCUUCCACGUGCUCACGGACGUGCAGGCCGCCCUGCAGCUGCCGCCCGACUCCACCGGGCGGCGGGAGAGCGCCAUCGUGGAUGCGUCGAACCGCUUCUUCACUCUCAUCCCCACCGUCAACCCCGCUGCCAUCCGCACACUCGAGGCUCUCACCACCAAGAUCCGCAUGCUGGAGGCGCUGAGGGACAUGGAGGUGACCUCCACGCUGCUGAGUGCGAGCAAGGGGGCGGGCGAGGGCGAGGGCGGGGAGAAGGAGGACCCGGUGGACCGGCACUACCGCCAGCUGCAGUGCGGGCUGUCGCCCCUGGACCCCACCGAUGCUGACUACUCGCUUGUCAAGGAGUAUUUGCACAAGACGCAUGCUCCCACUCACAAGGAGUGGGAGCUGGAGCUGCUGGAUGUGUUCCGUGUGGAUCGCAGUGGGGAGAAGCAGGCAUUCCGUGCCGACAUCAAGAACCACAUGCUGCUGUGGCACGGUUCGCGAGUGACCAACUAUGUGGGCAUUUUAAGUCAGGGCCUACGCAUUGCACCACCGGAGGCACCUGUUACCGGUUACAUGUUCGGCAAGGGGGUGUAUUUCGCGGACCUGGUGAGCAAGAGCGCGCAGUACUGCUUCACCAGCCCGGACAGCAACAUCGGCCUGCUGCUGCUCUCCCGUGUCGCGCUCGGCGCUCUCUAUGAACUCACUUCCGCCGAGUACGUGGAGAAGCUGCCACGGGGCAAGCAUGCGACCAAGGGGCUGGGCAUGAUGAAGCCCAAGGAGGAGGAGUUUGUCAAGUGGGCCUCUGAUGUCGUCGUGCCUUGUGGCAAGCCCGUGCCUUCUGGGGUCAAGAACAGCCACCUGCGAUACAAUGAGUUCAUUGUCUACGAUACAUCACAGAUUCAAUUGGAGUUUCUCCUCAAACUGGCGGCGGUGCUGCAGCAGCUGCUGCUGCCGGACAACGAGUCGCGCAAGGCGGCGGAGGCGGCGUUCAAGCAGCUGUCCAAGGAUCCCGCCGUGCUGCUCGCGCUGCUGCACUUCCUCAAGGCGGGCCCCUCGCCCGACGUGCGCCAGCUCGCCGCCGUGCUCAUGCGCAAGAAGGUCGCGGGGCUGUGGGCGCAGCAGCCCGCGGAGGCCAAAGCCAGCAUCAAAUCCGCGCUCCUUGAGAGCAUCGCGCUCGAGCCCAGCCCUGUCGUGCGUCGGGCGAGUGCUGACGUGGCGAGCGUGAUCGCGAAGCACAGCGUGCCUAACGGCGAGUGGCCGGAGCUGCUGCCGUUCCUGCUGCAGUGCUCGCAAGGGCAGCAGGAGGACCACCGCGAGCUGGCGUUCAUUCUGUUCGCGGCGCUGGUGGAGACGAUCGGCGACGUGCUGCGCCCGCACUUCCCCGCGCUGCACGGCAUCUUCGUCGCGGGCCUGCGCGACCAGGCCAGCGCCCGAGUGCGCGUCGCCGCGCUCAAGGCAGUGGCGGCGUUGGUGGAGUAUCUAGACAGCGAGCAGGACGUGGCGCUGAUGCGCGACCUGGUGGCGCCGAUGCUGGACGUGGGGCGGUUCUCGGCGGGCAGCGGCGACGAGGCGACGGUGGUGCGCGUGUGCGAAGUGGUGACGGAGCUGGCGGAGCACCCCGCGCCCGUCAUCGCGCCCUCGCUGCCCGCCGUCAUCCAGUUCGCGCUUGAGCUCGCCAGCAACACGCACCUCGAACCCGCCACUCGCUUCCAGGCAGCGCAGGUGGUGGCGUGGUGUGCGGCGUGGAAGGCCAAGUGGUUGGCGAAGCAGAAGCUGGUGCCUGUCAUCCUGGCGGCCAUGGCACCGCUGCUCGCCGAGCCCUGCGGCCAGACGGACUCGGAGCAGGACGAGGAGUACGAUACCUCGCCCAUGCGCUUUGCCGCCCAGGCCAUAGACGCGGUGGCAAUGGAGGCGCCGCGCAAGCACGUGUUCCCGCCCAUCCUGGCGUUCGCCCGCGCGCACAUCACGGACACCAACCCCCACAUGCGCUACGCCGCUGUCAUGGCCAUGGCUGUCAUCACCGAGGGGUGCUGUGAGGCAGUGCGGGGGCGCCUUGAAUCAGACGUGCUGCCGCUGAUAGUGGCGGGGCUGGGAGACGCGCACCCCAAGGUGCGAGGGGCGGCAUGCUUCGCGGUGGGGCAGCUGUCGGAGUUCGUGCAGCCCGAGGCAUCAGAGCACUACAAGACAAUCCUGCCAGCUGUCUUCGCCGCCCUCAAUGACGCCUCGCCCGUUGUCAGGGAGAAGGCAUACUACGCGCUAGCAGCGUUCUGUGAGCACAUGGGGGAUGAGAUCCUGGAGUUCCUGGACCCGCUCAUGCGCCAACUCAUGGACGCCCUGCGCUCACCCGACCGCGACCUGCAGGAGAUGUGCAUCUCCGCCAUAGGAUCAGCAGCAGCAGCAGCAGGGCCCAAGUUCGCGCCCUACAGCGAUGCAGUGCUGGCGGCGCUCAUCCCGCUCGUGUCCCUCACUGCCGAGGCGGACGUGGACGUGCGGUCGCGAGCGUACGAGCUGGUGGGCAUCAUUGGGAUCGCUGUGGGGCGCCAAGCCGUGGUGCCCGUGCUGCCCGGCUUCAUGGACGCUGCACUCAAAGGGUUCGCCCUGGAUCAGAGUGCGUUGAGGGAGUACGCGCACAGCUUCUUCAGCGACGUCGCCAAGUUCCUCGAAGCUGACUUCGCCCCCUACCUGCAACACGUGGUGCCGCUCGCCUUCUCCUCCUGCCGCCUCGACGAUGGCAUCGUGGUCGGCCCAGCAGCCACCGACGACGAUGCCGCCGACGCGGAGGGCGGCGGGCGGCGGCAGCUAGCGGCGGCGCUGGCGGCAGGGGAGAUCUCGUCUGAUUCGGAGGACGAGGACGAGGGGGCGGCGUUGAGGGGUCUGCGGGGCAUCAGUGUGCGCACGGCCGUGCUGGAUGAGAAGGCGGCUGCUGCUCAGGCCAUCGGCGCGUAUGCUCAAUACACCAAGGCUGCCUUCGGCCCGUACGUGCAGGAGGCGGUGGGGGUGCUAAAGGACGGGGCGGACUACGCGCAUGAGGACGUGCGCCUGCAGGCCACGCUCUCCCUGCAACACCUGGUGACAGCAGCGCUGCAUGCCUUCCCAUCCGCCCCGGGCCAGCCAAUGAGCGCGGAGACAAAGCAUGUCUUUGACGUGUCAAUGGAGGUGUGGAUGGGGGCGAUGAGGGAUGACGAGGAGCGCACAGUGGUGGGGCAGGCCUUCAGCUGCGCCACUGAGACCAUCAAGGCACUUCUUGCCGCUGACCCGGCCAACCAGCCAGCCCUGUUGCCAUACGCGGAGCCUCUGGUGGCAGCGGUGCGAGCAGCACUGCGGGACGAGCUGCCCUGCCAGCGAGCAGCCAGCGACGCGGAGACGGGCGGUGAGGGGGCAGCGGGGUUGACAGAGGCGGCGGAGGAGGAGGAAGAGGAGGAGGAGCACGACGAGGAGCUCAUGGACGCCGCUGUGGACCUGCUGCCCGCUGUGGCGCGUGCCGUGGGCGCUGCUGCCUUCGCCCCUGUCUUCCACUCGCUCCUGCCUGACAUCCUCGCCUUCACAAAAGCAUCUUGCCCGCCCAGCGAUCGCAGCAUGGCAGUGGGCUGCAUUGCUGAUGUGGCAGGGGAGCUGGGGGAAGCCAUGGCUCAAUAUGUGGACGCGCUACUGCCCGUGCUGGCAUCGGAGCUGAAGGGCGGAGACCCCCCCAACCGCCGCAACGCUGCCUUUGCCGUUGGCAAGCUGGCUGAAGUGUCGGGUGCUGCCAUGCACAGGCACUACUCGGACAUCCUGCUGGGGUUGCACCCGCUCUUCUCAGCGGACGAGGAUGACGACGUCAGGGACAACGCUGCCGGCGCUGUCGCCCGCAUGAUUGCUUCUGGUGGCGCUGCCAUGCCUCUUGACCAGGUGCUGCCAGUGCUGGUGGCGGGGCUGCCACUCAAGUCAGACCUGGAGGAGGCCAAGCCAGUGUACGGCUGCCUCGUCGCCCUCGUUGCCGCCUCGCACCCCCAGAUCUUGCCAGUGGUGCCGCAGUUGGUGCCUGUAUUCGCAGAGGUGGCGGUUAACGAUAAGAUCGCACCGGAACUUCUUCAAGCGGAAUUCAGGAAUGCGCAAUCUGACGUGGCGCCCUGCCUCAUCCUGUCAGGCAAUCUCCUCCCUCUCCGCUUCGCCCUCUGCUCUCCCUUGUAUCAUCACCUGCUGUUUUCCUUCGCGCAAGCAGCAUCAUUCUGCACUGCAUCAGACGGAUCAUUACACGAUUGUAGGGGCGUCUCUCGCGUUUCUUGCGUCGUAACCGCCAAGUCACCAAUUCUCCGUCGCCACGAGCAUCGAGCAACGAUGGCUGCCGCGUGCUCCUCGUGCGCCAUUCAGGCGGCAAACUUAUGCUUAGUGGAGCGAGGGUCGCAGUCCACGGCCGUUAGGGCUCCCAGAGUGCAGGCCGCAUUCCUCGGCCAAACUCUCGGCUUGAUAGCGCACGCGGCGAUUGGCAGCCAGAAGGUGCCCUCCACGGGAAUUCAGCUCGUGGCGGCAGCGGCGGUGAGGGGUGUCAGGUGCAGCGCAGCGGCAGCAGCGGAAGCUGUUUCCGCCACUCCAGCGGUGCGCCCGUCCGCGGCGGAGUUGGCGCAGACGGUGGUGGAGCUGGCGGCGGAGGGCACGCUCGUCACGCUCGCGCACGGCGGCGCGGGCAGCACGCUCGCGGGCGACGACCAACCGCUGCCCGCCACGUGGCCGCUGGCCUGCCACGCGUUCUUCGCGCCCGAUCCCGAGGGCCGCCCCAUCGUGCUGCUCGCCGACUCGAGCCGCGCCGCCGCCAACCUCGCUGACGACGCGCAGGCGUGCCUACACGUGCAGAUCGAGCUGCCAGGUCAGCAAAAGCCGCAGGUGUCGCUGCAUGGACGGCUGACCAAGGCACACGACGGCAAGACGCUCGGGAAGCUGGAGGCGGCGUGGAGGCGGCGCUUCCCCGACAGUGAGGACGAUGCGGGCAGCAGCGACGGCUCUGCCUCCUCCGCGCUCUUCCUGCUGGACGUUGACCGCGUGCUCGUGGCGCCAGACGCUGACCAGGAGGGCGAGUGGAUCUCCCCUGAGGCCUACCUGAACGCGGACGCCGACCCUCUCCGUGAGGUGGCAGCAGGCAUCGUAGCAGACUUCAACCGCGAGCACUGGCAGGACCUGCGCCGCUUCCCCGCCGCCUUCGCCGGCCUCCCAGACCUCCAGGUGGACGACGCGUCGCUCAUCUGGGUUGACCGCCUCGGCUUUGACCUCCGCGUGCUCGCCCGCCCCGCCAUGCCUGGUGCUGCGGCUGCAGCUGAUUUCCCCGCGAGGGUGAUGGAUGUGCGCGUGGCGUUUGCACGGGAGGUGGGGGAGGAGCGGGAGGCGCGGUCCGCGCUGACCAUGAUGGCGCAGGUGGCGUGGGAGAGGGAGAGGAGCUUUGGCAGCCCGGUGGCUCCCGCUGCUGCUGCUGAGGCUGCUUCCUCAGAGUGGAUACAAGGCAUGGGGGGCAUGGGGGGCAUGGGGGGCAUGGGGGGCAUGGGGGGCAUGGGGGGCAUGGGGGGCAUGGAGGGCAUGGGGGGCAUGGGGGGCAUGGAGGGCAUGGGGCGAGGGAAGGAGGAGGCGUGCGGUGAGAGAGGUAGGAGUUGUGGGUGGGAUACCUGGACGGAACAAGGCGAGGUGAGCGCUCUGACGUCCGACUCCAGUAGUGUGCUGUGGGCGUGCGAGCACAGGGGGGGAGGGAUAGGGGGCAUGGGGGGGAUGGGGGGCAUAGGAAGGGCAUGGUGA